GGAAAAGGUUUGUUGAAAAGGUUUGUCGAGACGAAGAAAAGAAGAGAGUAGAUUAGAAAAGGAGAGAACUAAAAAAGCGGGCAACGAAUUGUUGAAAGGGCCCUAGGGUAAAAGAAAAGAAAAGGGGGAAUGGAAACCGAAGAGGGGGUAUGUGGGAGAUCAAACAGGAGAGCAGCGUGAUUAAUAUGAAGCAACGCUGCUGUGCAUUGAGCUCUCAUUAGUACACCCUAUCCUCCGACGUCGGGUAUGCCAGACGGAUACAAGAUGACCAGAACCAGUCGGAAGGUGACGCGCGUUAUCCGGAUACGAGCGAUGGAGAGCGAGUUGCUAAGCAAAGGUAUACAGGAAUAGCCUCGAGAGGACAAGAUUCGCUCAUCUCGGGGCGUCCGCCUCGCUCGGGUCCAGGGAAAGACGAGACAUGGUCACAAACUGAAUGAAUGUGGUAACUGAAAAGGCCUCCUUCUCGACAUUAGCGGACCCGGAGGGUUCUCGAGGUCCGUACAUGCAUAGACAUUCCCCGAGAGCCGCAAACCGCGAGGAGAUUUUGGAAAAUGGAUGGAUUGAAAGUAGCAGAAGGAUUACCGGGCGGCUAACUCGGGCGACGCGGACGCAAGAGCACAUCACGUCGCUGACGUUGAGGCACCCGGAGCAGCCAAUGAGAGAAGUCCACUCGGGCAAAUUGAUUAACAGACGGGCGUCUAGGCGCCGAUAUAGGCAAGGAGAGGCAAUGGAUUCACCAAUCGCAGAGCCACAAUGUCCAUUCUAAGCAGCGACCUCUUCAUAACGACGAGUACAGUGAGCAAAACCUAGUCAGAGGACGCGUAAACAUUCAACCGGCGGCCUAUAACACAGGAUAAGAUCAGUGAUCCGAGAUCAUCGUGACCUACUACUGAGCCAGCAUUACGCUGGGAAGAACGGGUUCAACCUAUGUUGCUUACUUGAAGUAGAAAGCUGCGGAAGAUAGAGCUGGCAAGCAGAAGCCGAUGGAUCUUACUUUGAAGGUAGCAGAGAGCAAAGGGCCGUGGGCAGAGUUUCCAACGCAUCGAGGUGAGCGC